CAGAAGGCUAUUGUACCACUGCUAGCUGAACCAGCUGAACCAGCAUCAUAUUGAUGAAACUCGAUACGACGGUAAGCUAAAAACCUGCGAGUGAUGAGGGCAUCCCAUCUCUGACCAGCUCUUCCAUCUCUGCUCCUGUCACGCGCUUCUCCAACCCCCGCCCCGGUUCGAGCCGGUCGUCACUGGUCACGGCAAUUAAUUACACUUACAUCGACGCGUGCCGGACCCUUCUUCGAAAAGGCAGAGCCCUACGAUACAAAUCCUUGGAAAAGGUAGGUCACGCGGCUUACAUAGAAAUGCACGAACCUCCAGCGCUGCACGAGGCUACGCGCCUUCCGGCAAGGCUGAAUAUGAUGAUGUCACCAACUCGACUUUUCUUCUCUUCUAUUCAAGCUACAUCUCCCCUGAUAUCGUCAACGUUUGUCUCUCCUCCUCACAAUGCUUCCCGCAGGAGGCAUCGUGUUAUAUGCAAUCUUCUUAUCCCAGUCUCUCGCUGUUCCUACGGAUGCCCCCCAGCUUCCAAUUGCCCCUCAAUCCCAUACCCAAGACUAUGAAUUUGACGCUCUUCUCCACCUUCCCGGAAUCAGUCCGUAUUUCGACGCGAUUGGGUCCGGACUCAAUCAUGAUGCUCCCUUGAACUGCGAAGUAACGGCCGCAUCCUACCUGGUGCGACAUGCCGCUAUCUAUGCCAACGAUGCCGAUUACUACAAAUACAUAGAACCCUUCCUGCAGAAGCUCGAUUCUACCUAUUCUUCUUCCUCUGGCAAGCGACGAAGAGGCUGGAGCGGGCCGUUGUCAUUUUUCUCGAAAUGGGAAAAUCCAAUCGACAAUCCCAAGAAGCAGCUCGAGAAAAUCACACCUCACGGAAUCAAAGACUCAAAGAAAGUAGGAAAGCACCUCCUUUCCAGAUAUCCAGCGCUCGUCCCUACGAUCAAACACAUAUAUACGGACAAGAAAUCACGAACCAAAGACACGGCCGCUGCCUUCAUCGAGGUCUUCCCCCAAGAUGUCGAGAUCAUAGAACUGAGACCCGGUCAUCCAAGCUUCCAGCACCAAAAUCCACACAAAGCCUGCAAAGCUUUCUCCAAGGAACCGGGAGAUACAGAACAAAGAGAGUUCCUAUCGCAUUACACCUCGCCCAUAAUCUCACGUUUACAGCCCUUCGCCCCUGUUCCCUUGUCAGAAACCGAUAUCAUGGGCCUACAGCAACUGUGCGGCUACGAGUCGGCGAUACGGGGGAAGAAGAGUGAUAUCUGUGAUGUCUUUACGGACGAUGAGUGGAUGGCGUAUGAAUAUGCUUGGGACUUGAAGUAUUCGCAUAUGGUGGGCCAUGGCAACCCAUUGAGUCCGUACCUUGGCUUUCCGUGGUUGAACACCACGGCAACAUUGUUUGACAAGUUCCAUGCGCCACAUCACGGUGAUGAAAUGGAGGGGGAUGAGGUACCGGAUGAUGAUGGACAGCGUUUCUUUCUUGCCUUCACCCACAGAGAGGUCCCGCCUUUCAUCGCAACCGCCUUGGGAUUGUUCAACUCGUCGAAUUCAUACAAUGAAGAGUGGCCUACGAAUCGCAUCAACUGGAGUCGGAGCUGGAAGAUGGCGGAGUUGAUUCCCUUCCUAGGACAUGUGGGGAUAGAGAAGUUGACUUGUGAUAGAAUGGGGGUGGGUGGGGAGAGGGAAUACGUGAGGGUCAUCGCGAAUACGGCACCAAGGCCAAUUCCGGCUUGUCAAGAUGGACCGGGGGCGAGCUGUAGUUUUGAUGCAUUUGUGGACUUGGUAAGGAGGGGCAUGGAGAUUUAUGGGGAUUUUGAUGGGGUUUGUGGUAACGAUAAAGAGGAGUAGGGGGAGCUGGGGUUGUAGAUGGGAGAUGUAGAUGGGAGAUACGUAUAGACUCACG